AUUUCCACUCGGUGCAGAAAUGUUGUGUCGAUGGUGCCGUUCUCCUGGAGACCAAGAACAUAUCAGUGGAGACGGCUACUCACGAAUUGACUGACAUCCUGAUGGAAGCAAUGCCGGAAGAGGGUGAAAUAGAUGCAGAAGUCAUGCGAGGUGUUACAUUAGCCAAUCAAAAAGUUGAUGCAGCAUUGCUGAGUGAAGACAGUCCUGGUUCGCAGAGCUUGCUGAAGCCCAGCGCCACACGACAAUCACUGCAGAAGGAGAUCUGGAAUGACAUGCACACCAAGGGAAAGCUGCCACCUGGUACUCUGACUGUGUUGCGCAGGAUGGACCUGCACCAGGAAAUGGAACAGGCCAGAGAAGAGGUUCUGGUUCAUUUUGAGAGACGAACUGUGGAUGCACUGUUCAAGUGUGUCAAGUAUGCUCUGGAGGCGUUGCGCAAGCGGAUACAUGGUAAUCUUCGCCAGGGUUUGUUGCAGUCGGAGGAGAUGGCGGGCAUUCAAGACCCCACCGGUCCCAGGAACUACGAUGUGAUAUUUAGAACGGACGUUGAACUGGCCUUGCCGAGCGUUAUCGCGCGACCCGGUCUUGAGGAUCUACAGAGUGCGAUUAACAUGGCAUCUCAGAUGAUAGUGGAGACUGCACAGUCGGUACUGAAGUGGGGCGAGGCUCACCCGCUUCUCAACCUACCCACGGUGCAUGGCAGGGUCUCGAAGACAUCCAUCGCUUCCACGUCUGCUCAGCUGACGGCAUCCAUGGUCGAUUUCCGAGCGUCGCAGGUCAUUACCUCUCUGAACUCGCCGCGUACGCGUCGCUCUCAAACCAACAUGGCUAGACAGGUGUCGUUUGCGCCACAGCGUAAGAACUACGGUUCGACGAUAUCGGAAAACAAGGAAAUAGUCAAGAUGCUGUCGCAUAUGUCUUCCAUGAUCCUAGGCUUCAGCCCAACGUUGAAAACCGCCCUGGAUAUGUUCACGCACUACUCACCGCUUUGGAGCAGGGAAUGCAACCACACUGUUGCAGAAUUUGUUGACUCCAAUCCGCUGCUGAUCGACUUCAGAAGUGAAAUGCGGCACUACACGGCGUUGGAAACCGACAUCGUUGCCGAGCCUGAAUUUCUCUACGUUGGGCCAGUGCAAUUGUUAACUGAGAAUCUGAAGGCUGCUCUAUCAGCAGAGGCAAAGAACUGGAUGCUGGGAUAUGGACGCGCUUGCAAUGUCAAGUAUCGUGGCGUGAUGGAGAAGCUGAUGGACUUCAUGGAGGAUGCUGCUAAGCGGCUGCAACGCCCUGUCAAGGAUCUGGAUGACGUCCGCUUUGUCAUGGCCGCCCUGAAGGACAUCAGAGAGCGAGAAGUGGAGAUCGAUCAGGCAUUGCCAGAUGUUGAGGAGUCGUAUGCUAUCCUGACCAAGUUUAGCAUUCCUGUCACCAUUGAGGAGUUUGAGCGUGUUGACACCCUACGCUACACCUGGGCAAGGCUAACGGCUCUGGUGACAGAAGUGCAGAGUCAUCUGCUGGAUGUACAGCCCAUCUUCCACAGGAACCUCGUGUCUGGAGUUGAUGUCUUCCAGACAGACGUACAGGAUUACAUCGGUGACUUUGAUUCGAAAGGACCAAUGGUGGAGGGACUAUCCCCACAAGAUGCCAGCGACAGGCUUGUCAUGUAUCAGAACAACUUUGACACUCUGUGGAAACAGUUUACAACAUACUCGGAGGGCGAAGAACUGUUUGGGUUGUCAGUGACCGACUAUCCUCGACUGCAGCAGAUUCGCCGUGACCUGGCACUGCUGCAGAAACUCUACAGCCUGUACAACAAUGUACUGGACACGAUCAACGGUUACUUUGAUUUGCUGUGGUCUGACGUUGACCCAAAUAAGAUCAAUGCGGAGCUGCUGGAAUUCCAAGCAAGGUGUCGUAAGCUGCCCAAGGGCUUGAAGACAUGGCCAGCCUUCAUGGACUUGAAAAAGAAGAUUGACGACUUCAGCCUGACCUGCCCUAUCAUUGAGCUGAUGUCGGACAAGGCGAUGAAGAAGCGUCACUGGAAGAAGCUGGAGGAGAUCACCGGAGUCGAGUUCGACUUUGAGUCCGAGGCUUUCUCUCUGCGCAAUGUGAUGAAAGCCCCGUUGCUAGAGAAUCAGGAAGAUAUAGAGGACACCUGUAUUGCCGCUCGCAAAGAAAAGGACAUCGAGGCAAAGCUGAAGCAAGUCAUCUUGGACUGGGAGACACAGGUGCUACGUUUCUCAUCAUUCAAGAGCCGUGGAGAGUUACUGCUGCGUGGUGAUGAGACAGCUGAGACAGUGUCCAUCAUGGAAGACAGUCUGAUGGUGCUCAGCUCACUGCUGAGUAACAGGUACAACGCCCCUUUCAAAUCUCAGAUCCAGCUGUGGGUACGGAAGCUCAGUGACACAACGGACAUCAUUGAGAACUGGCUGCAAGUCCAGAAUCUCUGGAUCUACCUUGAGGCAGUGUUUGUCGGUGGUGACAUCGCACGUCAACUACCCAAGGAGGCAAAGCGCUUCCAGAAUAUUGACAAGUCCUGGGUGAAGAUCAUGACGAAAGCUCAUGAAACGAGUAAUGUUGUACAGUGCUGUGUUGGUGAUGAGAUGCUGGGGCAGUUGCUUCCACAUCUACUGGAACAACUUGAGCUAUGCCAGAAGUCUCUCAGCGGGUACUUGGAGCGCAAGCGUCUCGUCUUUCCUCGUUUCUUCUUCGUGUCUGACCCGGCCUUGCUGGAGAUUCUGGGGCAGGCUAGCGAUUCCCAUACCAUCCAGGCUCACUUGCUGAGUGUCUUUGACAAUGUCAAGUCAGUUACGUUCCACGAGAAGGACCGUGAUCGCAUCAUCAAGAUUCACUCGCAGGAAGGAGAAAGUAUUGAUCUGGAGAAGCCAGUCAGGGCAGAGAACAAUGUCGAGACCUGGCUUGGGCAUCUUCUACGCAUGGUCUGCCAGUCAGUAGCUGCCGUCAUUCGCAAUGCAGCAUUGACCAUCUCUGAACCAGAUUUCAAUCUGAUGAACUUCUUGGAGGCGUAUCCUGCCCAGGUUGGUCUGCUGGGCAUUCAGCUGAUCUGGACCCGUGACGCACAGUAUGCACUGACACAUGCCAAGUCUGAUAAGAAGAUCAUGGCUGCCACCGACAAGAACUUUCAGAUCCUGCUCGACGACCUGAUCGAUACGACCACUCGCAACCUGACAAAGAUGGAGCGUAAACGCUUUGAGACACUCAUCACCAUCCACGUUCAUCAACGUGAUAUCUUCCACGACUUGGUCCAGCAACACAUACGUAGUGCGCAGGACUUUGAGUGGCUGAAGCAGAGCCGCUUCUACUCCAACGAGAAAGACCAGGUUGUGAUUAGCAUCACAGACGUGAACUUCAUCUAUCAGAACGAGUACCUGGGUUGCACUGACCGACUUGUCAUCACACCUCUAACUGACAGGUGUUACAUCACCCUAGCUCAAGCUCUGGGCAUGAACCUUGGCGGAGCGCCAGCUGGUCCGGCUGGAACAGGCAAAACAGAGACUGUGAAGGACAUGGGAAAGACACUGGGCAAGUACGUCGUGGUGUUCAACUGCUCUGAUCAGAUGGAUUUUCGAGGACUAGGUCGCAUCUUCAAAGGCCUUGCGCAGUCCGGCAGUUGGGGUUGCUUUGACGAGUUCAACCGUAUUGAACUGCCAGUCCUGUCCGUGGCCGCACAGCAGAUUGCCAUUGUGCUGGCCUGCAAAAAAGAUCGCAAGUCGCAGUUCAUCUUCACCGACGGCGAUACAGUCAAGAUGAACCCUGAGUUUGGAUUGUUCCUGACAAUGAAUCCUGGCUAUGCUGGUCGACAGGAGUUGCCAGAGAAUCUGAAGAUCAACUUCCGAACUGUGGCCAUGAUGGUACCAGACAGACAGAUCAUUAUUCGUGUGAAACUUGCCAGCGCUGGUUUCCGUAAGAACGUGGUCUUGGCAUGCAAGUUCUACACCCUGUACAAGCUAUGCGAGGAGCAGCUCUCCAAACAGGUCCAUUAUGACUUUGGAUUGCGCAACAUCCUAUCAGUGUUGCGGACUCUCGGUGCAGCAAAGCGGCAGAGUCCUGAUGAUCCGGAGGAGAAGAUUGUCAUGCGAGUGCUCUUUGACAUGAACUUGUCCAAACUGGUGGACGAGGAUGAACCGCUUUUCGAAAGUCUGAUCAACGACAUGUUCCCUGGCAUCGCUCUAGAGAAGGGUUCUUACCCGGAUCUGGAGAUGGCCAUUGCAUCCAGAGUUGAUGAAGCCAAGCUCAUAAAUCAUCCCGCAUGGAAGUUGAAGCUUAUCCAGCUGUUUGAAACCCAGCGUGUUCGUCACGGCAUGAUGGUGCUGGGGCCAAGCGGAGCGGGUAAAACCAAGUGCAUCCACAUUCUGAUGAAGGCCAUGGCGGACUGCGGUGAGCCGCAUCGUGAAAUGAGAAUGAACCCCAAGGCAAUCACGGCACCGCAGAUGUUUGGAAAGCUGGAUGUCGCCACCAACGACUGGACGGAUGGGAUCUUCUCUACGCUCUGGCGGCGAUCACACAAGGCCAAGAAAGGAGAGCACAUCUGGUUGGUAUUGGAUGGUCCAGUGGACACACUGUGGAUUGAGAAUCUGAACAGUGUGCUGGACGACAACAAGACGUUGACGCUGGCCAAUGGUGAUCGUAUACCAAUGGCUACCAAUUGCAAGAUUAUCUUCGAGCCGCACAAUAUUGACAAUGCCUCACCAGCCACUGUAUCACGCAAUGGAAUGGUCUUCAUGAGCUCUUCGGCACUAGACUGGAGACCAAUUAUGGAAGGGUGGCUGUUACAGCGGCACGUGUCUGAGAACUCCACCAUACGGGAGCUGUUCAAUGACACAUUUGAACAAUUGCUACAGUUCCACGUGCAGAAGCUGCAGCCCAAAAUGGACAUCCUGGAAUGUAACUACAUUUCACAGGCAUUGGAUCUUCUCCAGGGCUUGUUACCGAGCCCGAUUGCGCAAGGCAAAGAUCAACAAGUCACCAUCCUGAAGCCCAUUCACAUCGAACGUUUGUUCAUCUUUGCAUUGAUGUGGAGCGUCGGUGCCCUCCUUGAGCUGGAGGACAGGGCCAAGAUGGAACAAUGGAUGAAGGAAACAACCAAGCUAGCUUUGCCGCAAACAGACCCUGAGAAAGGAGACACGAUAUUUGAAUUCGUGGUGGAUGAAAAUGGUGAUUGGGUGCAUUGGUCUGAGCGAGUACCCGACUACCACUACCCGGUGGACAGCAUACCAGAGUUCUCAUCCAUACUGGUACCCAAUGUGGACAACGUCAGAGCAGACUUCCUCAUCAACACUCUGGCCAAGCAGGGAAAGGGUGUGCUGCUGAUUGGAGAGCAGGGAACAGCCAAAACCGUCAUUGUGAAGGGCUACUUGGCAAAGUACAAUCCUGAUGAUCACUUGAACAAAACAUUGAGUUUUUCGUCGGCAUCCACACCAAACCUCUUCCAGCGAUCAAUUGAGAGUUUUGUUGACAAGCGUAUUGGAACAACGUACGGUCCUCCAGCAGGCAAGAAAAUGACAGUGUUCGUGGAUGAUGUUAACAUGCCUAUCAUCAACGAGUGGGGUGAUCAGGUUACGAAUGAAAUAGUACGUCAGCUAAUGGAAAUGCGUGGAUUCUACAGCCUGGACAAGCCGGGAGACUUUAUCAACAUCGUCGACAUCCAGUUCAUUUGCGCAAUGAACCACCCGGGCGGUGGUAGGAAUGAUAUUCCCAGCCGACUGAAGCGACAACACUCCAUCUUCAACUGCACAUUGCCAUCGAAUGCGUCUAUUGACAAGGUCUUUGGCUGCAUUGCUGCUGGCUACUUCAUAAAGCAACGUGGCUUCACUGAGGCUAUUCAGACACUGGCAACGCAGCUGGUCCGCUGCACACGUAUUGUUUGGCAGAAAACUAAGAUCAAGAUGUUGCCAACGCCUGCCAAGUUCCACUACAUCUUCAACCUGAGAGAUUUGUCACGUGUCUGGGAAGGAAUCCUUCAUGGCGUUGCUGAAGUGGUCAACAAACCGCGUGUUCUUGUGUCGCUAUGGAAACAUGAGUGCUGUCGUGUGAUUGCCGAUCGGUUCACAACUAGCCAGGACAAGGCCUGGUUCAACCAGUGUAUACCUGGCGUCGUGGCAGAGGACAUUGGCACGGACGUGUCUUCUCUCAUCCCAGAUGAACCCUACUUUGUUGAUUUCUUGCGUGAAGCACCAGAGGCGACUGGCGAUGAACCAGACGAUGCCGACAUGGAUGCACCCAAGAUCUAUGAAGAGAUUCCAUCGUUUCCGGACCUGGAGGAAAAGCUGCACGCGUUCCUGACGCAGUACAAUGAGACCGUGCGUGGCUCUGGCAUGGAUAUGGUCUUCUUCACGGAUGCAAUGACCAACCUGAUCAAGAUCUCACGAAUAAUUCGCACGGACAGUGGGCAUGCACUGCUGGUCGGUGUUGGUGGAUCCGGAAAACAGAGUCUGACACGACUGGCAUCCUUCAUCGCUGGAUACAAUAUAUUCCAGAUCACACUGACAAGAGCAUACAACGCAAGCAAUCUACAGGAUGAUCUGAAAGUCUUGUACAAGACAGCUGGACUGGAAGGCAAAGGCAUCACUUUCAUCUUCACCGAUCAAGAGAUCAAAGAAGAAGGCUUCUUGGAGUAUCUGAACCAAGUCUUGUCAUCUGGUGAGGUUGGUGGUCUGUUUGCCCGUGAAGAGAUUGAUGAAAUCAGCACCGAGCUGAUUCCGGUCAUGAAGAAAGAGUUUCCCCGCCGCCCACCUACACCUGAGAAUCUACUGGCCUACUUUUACUCACGAGUGCGCAAGAACCUUCAUGUUGCCCUGUGCUUCUCGCCGGUUGGAGAGAAGUUCCGCAAUCGUGCACUCAAGUUCCCUGCUCUCAUCUCUGGCUGUACAAUGGAUUGGUUCUCACGCUGGCCGAAGGACGCACUCAUUGCCGUUGCCCAGCAUUUCUUGGCGAGUUUUGAGGUGGAAUGCACGGCCGAGGUGAAGCAGCAGGUGGUACAGACAAUGGGUAUCUUCCAGGACGGUGUGGCUGAGGCCUGUGCUGACUAUUUCCACAGGUACCGUCGAACUGCGCAUGUAACUCCCAAAUCCUAUCUCUCAUUCAUCAAUGGCUACAAGACUGUUUACGCCCAACAGAAGAAAGAAAUUGGAGGACUGGCCGACCGAAUGAACAAAGGCCUGGAAAAGCUGAUUGAAGCCAGUAAGAGUGUCGAGCAGCUGUCUGUUGAGUUGGAAGUGAAGGAGAAGGAGCUAGCCGAGGCUUCCAUUACUGCAGACCAGGUUUUGAAGGAGGUCACUAAGAAAGCUCAAGCGGCGGAAAAGAUCAAGUCGGAGGUGCAGACGGUGAAGGACAAAGCACAGAGGAUUGUUGAUGCCAUAUCAACUGACAAGGCAAUAGCAGAGGAGAAACUUAGCGCUGCACAACCGGCGCUGGAUGAAGCUGAACGUGCUCUUCAGACUAUUCACCCCAGUCACAUCGCCACAGUCAGGCGUCUUGGUCGACCGCCUCACCUGAUCAUGCGCAUCAUGGACUGUGUACUUCUGCUGUUCAGUAAGAAGGUCAAUGCAUGGGAACUGGACCCGAAUCGUCCCGAGUGCAACAAGCCAUCAUGGGAUAAGUCACUUGUGCUCAUGGCCCAGGCAAACUUCCUGUCCAGCCUGCAAACCUUCAACAAGGACUUGAUCAAUGAAGAAGUGGCAGAGCUGAUGGCCCCUUACCUUGGUAUGGAGGACUACAACUCGACAAAAGCGCAGCAAGUGUGCGGCGAUGUGGCAGGCCUAUGCUCGUGGACCCGCUCCAUGGUUGUGUUCUUCAGUGUAAACAAGGAAGUACUUCCUCUCAAGGCUAACCUUGCUGAACAGCAGGGAAGACUCGAUGAAGCCACAGCCGAGCUAGAAGCAGCACAGGCAACGCUGGAUGAGAAAGAGAAAGAGCUGGCUGAAGUGAAGGCUGCUUACGAGAACUCCGUUCGAACCAAGCAGGGUCUGAUUGAGGAUGCGGAAACCUGUCGUCGCAAGAUGAAGACAGCCACGGCGUUGAUCGACGGCCUGAGUGGUGAGCGAGAUCGCUGGACAGAGCAGAGUAAGGAGUUUGAGGCACAGGUUGGUCGGCUUGUGGGCGAUGUACUGCUGGGAACGGCGUUCUUGUCCUAUGCCGGGCCGUUCAAUCAGGACUUCCGCUCCCUGCUGCUGAAGAGCUGGACGAAGGAGGUGCGCACGAGAAACAUACCGGUUUCACACAACCUGAAUUUGGUUACCAUGUUGACCGACUCCGCUACCAUCAGUGAGUGGAACGUUCAAGGUCUGCCCAACGAUGAGCUGUCAUUGCAGAAUGGAAUCAUUGUCACCACGGCAACUCGGUUCCCCCUGCUCAUCGACCCGCAGAACCAGGGCAAGCGGUGGGUCAAGAACCGGGAGACGAAAGACAUGUGUAUCACCACACUCAAUGACAAGUUCUUCCGCCAGAAGCUGGAGGACAGUCUGUCGCUCGGCCGGCCCAUGCUUAUCGAAGAUGUUGCCGAGGAGCUGGACCCAGCCCUGGACAAUGUGCUGGAGAAGAACUUUAUCAAGUCUGGCAGCACAUUCAAGGUCAAAGUUGGAGACAAGGAGGUAGACGUGAUGAAAGGCUUCCGUCUGUACAUCACCACCAAGCUGCCAAACCCGUCCUACACACCAGAGGUCAGUGCCCGUACAGCCAUCAUUGACUUCACGGUGACAAUGAAAGGCCUGGAGGAUCAGCUCCUUGGACGCGUCAUCCUAGCUGAGAAGAACGAAUUGGAGUCUGAACGCACUGAGCUAAUGGAAGAUGUAGCUCAGAACAAGCGCAGGAUGAAAGAGCUUGAAGACAACCUACUCCAUCGCUUGACAAGCACCCAGGGCUCGCUUGUAGAUGACGAGUCUCUGAUUGAAGUUCUGAGCACAACCAAGGCUACCUCCCAGGACGUCAGCCGCAAGCUCACAGUGGCGGCGGAGACCGAACUGAAGAUCAACACAGCAAGAGAGGAGUUUAGACCUGUUGCAACACGUGGCAGUAUCCUGUAUUUCCUGAUCACUGACAUGUCACUGGUCAACUGUAUGUAUCAGACCUCACUGGCACAGUUCCUGGAACUGUUUGAUCUCUCCAUGAAACGGUCUGGCAAGUCACCCAUCACGGCAAAGCGAAUCACUAACAUCAUCGACUACCUGACAUUUGCCGUGUUCAAGUGGUCCGUGAGGGGUCUCUACGAGACAGACAAGUUCCUGUUCACGUUGCUCUUGGCACUGAAGAUUGACCUGGUCAAUGGCAAAGUCAAACACAAGGAGUUCCUGACAUUCAUCAAAGGUGGUGCUGCGCUUGACUACAAUGCUGUUGAGCCCAAGCCGUUCAAGUGGAUAACCGAUAUGGUGUGGCUUAACCUGGUUGAGUUGAGUAAGCUGUCGCAAUUUCAAGAUGUUCUGGCUCAGGUCACAAGGAACGAGAAGGCAUGGAAGACAUGGUUUGACACUGAUGCACCGGAGGAGACUCAGAUUCCCGAUGGCUACGAGCUCUCACUGGACACAUUCCGAAGACUGCUGCUCAUCAGGUGUUGGUGUCCAGAUAGAACUCUGCCACAGGCAUUCAAGUACAUCAGCCAAUCACUCGGGCCAGCGUAUGCCGAGGGUGUCAUUCUGGAUUUACAGGAGAUGGUCGAAGAGAGCACGGUUCGAACACCCAUGGUGUGUCUGCUGUCCCUGGGAUCAGAUCCAACUAAUGCCAUUGAAGCACUUGCUAAGAAGGAAGAAAUCGAAUGCCGCACAGUGUCCAUGGGCCAGGGCCAGGAGGUCCAUGCUAGACGGCUACUCAACCAAUUCAUGGCUGGUGGUGGCUGGGCUAUGCUUCAAAACUGCCAUCUUGGCCUGGAGUUUCUUGAUGAGCUUCUCGACAUGGUCAUAACCACUCCCAACAUUGAUCCACAGUUCAGGCUUUGGAUUACAACGGAGUAUCAUGACAAAUUCUCCAUCAGCCUUCUGCAAAUCUCUAUCAAGUUCACCAAUGAGCCACCUCAGGGUGUCAAGGCUGGGUUGAAGAGGACCUACACCGGAAUGACUCAAGAGCAACUGGAUGUCAGUAACAUGCCGCAGUGGAAGCCUGUGCUCUAUGCUAUUGCAUUUCUACACACAACUGUCCAGGAGAGACGCAAGUUUGGUGCCCUUGGCUGGAAUAUCCCGUAUGAGUUCAACCAAGCGGACUACACAGCCAGCGUUCAGUUCUUUCAGAAUCACUUGGAUGACAUGGACAUCAAAAAGGGUGUCUCAUGGAGCACAGUACGGUACAUGCUGGGAGAGGUUCACUAUGGAGGGCGUGUGACGGAUGACUUCGACAAAGUCUUGCUCAAUACAUUCUGCAAGGUUUGGUUUGGUGAGCAUAUCUUCCAGACAUCAUUCCAGUUCUUCAAAGGUUACAGCAUACCGGUUUGCAAGAGUGUUGCUAAUUACGUUGACUUUGUUGAUCAGCUACCGCUCAAGGACUCGCCUGAGGCAUUCGGCCUGCAUCCCAAUGCUGACAUAACAUAUCAAACAAACCGUGCCCGUGAUGUCCUUGACACCAUGCUCAGCAUACAACCUAAAGACAGCAGUGGUGGCGGUGGAGAAACACGAGAGAGCGUUGUGCAGAAGAUUGCAGACGACAUGCUGGGGAAGCUGCCAGGGAACUUUGUUUCACACGAGGUGAAAGCGUGCUUGAGACGUAUGGGCAUUCUGGCACCGAUGAACAUCUUCCUACGUCAGGAAAUUGACCGCUUGCAGCGUGUCAUCACAUCAGUGCGUCAAACACUGCAAGACGUUAAACUGGCGAUCGACGGCACUAUAAUCAUGAGUGAGAACUUGCGAGAUGCCCUGGAUUGUAUGUAUGAUGCCAGGGUGCCUGCUACGUGGAGCAAGAUUUCUUGGCGGUCAUCAACCCUGGGAUUCUGGUUCACUGAGUUACUCGAACGGCAUCAUCAGUUACAAUCUUGGUGUUUUGAAGGCCGACCGAAUGUCUUCUGGAUGACAGGAUUCUUCAAUCCUCAAGGGUUCCUCACGGCAAUGAGACAGGACGUGACCCGCGCUCACAAGGCCGCCAACUGGGCAUUGGACAGUGUGGUACUCAACAACCGUGUCACCAAGAUGUACAACGAGAACGAGGUGACGGAAGUCCCAGCGGAGGGUGUGUACGUGCGUGGACUCUUCUUGGAUGGAGCCGGCUGGGACAGGAGACACGAACGUCUUUGUGAACAGCAGAAUAAGGUGUUGUUUGUACCCAUGCCAAUCAUUCACAUCUACGCGGAGCAGUCCGGUAGCGUACAGCGCGAUGGCAAGUUGUAUCAAUGCCCAGUGUACAAGAAACCCAAUCGCACCGAUCUGAAUUACAUCACUACGUUGUACCUACGUACCACUGCGUCGCCUGACCACUGGACUAGGCGUGGUGUUGCCAUUCUGUGCGACACCAAGUAAGGUGGAUGUCAAGAUAGUAUUUUCUUCGUCCUGUUUUCGAAUUCUGUACAUUUUUAUCCUAUCUACAUAAAAUUAUCAUGUAUGUGAGUGCGAGUGUGGUAAAGACCUUCUCACGGCCACCUGCACUGGAUGUGUGUAUUGGACGUGUGUGCGCAUGACAGUUUUCAUGCCAAACUUUUUUUCAUCCCUGGGUGUUUGGGCUGUUUGUUUUGCAUAAGCAAUGUUGUAAUCGUAUUCAUGGGAGCACAUUUCAACUACAUGUUCACCUCAUGCAUGGUUCACGAUGCAGGGAAGGAGAAGUUGCUGGGUGUGAAUAUUCAUCAUAGAUAACCGGAUUGACUCGCUGCUCCGUGUUUACCUUGCCCUGUAAAAGUUAAUUUGGCAAUUAUCGUAGCAUAAUUCUAGAUAAUAUUCCUAGAAAGCUAUGAUAAUAAUAGAUUGUAGCGUUCUCGCCGCCUUUCUAAAUAUUCCUAGACGUAUUCAUCGUGAGAAAAUGUUUACAAUUUCCCUGCCAUUUUGUAUGAGGCUCUUGAUUUUUCAUUCAAGUUUAUUAGAGAUAUUUUCCGAUUCCUAUUUGGCUUGUGCUUGCGGCAAGGUCUGUGAACCUUGUUAUGCCACGAGAUGCUUUUCCCUGUUAGAUUUCAUACAGCUACAAGUAUUCAUUGCUGGCUUUUCAUUUCUGAUUUGUUUAGAUGCAAGUAUCCACGUACGUCCUUUCCGGUGGUGUAUUUGGCUCCACUUUACUCACAUUUAUAGUAUUAUGCAUGUUGAAUCUCGAACACCAAUAGCCAGCUUGCUCACGAAGACCAGUAUCCCAUCGGCUGAUUGAUGAUUCUUGUCAAAGCCUACACACUACUAGUCUUGAAUGAAAAGCAUUUUUACAUUCAUAGCGAAGCAUGCA